AAAUUGAUGCAUUGAUAGCAGAAAAGAGAAGAGCUACAACGGGAAAAGAAGAAAAAUAUAGGAAAUAAUAUAAAGUUAGAAACGAGAAACCGCUGUGCCGACGGAACAGGUGGAGCCUCCGAUGCCGCCGCCGUCUCCGAUGAGGCCUUGACCCUAGAUCUAUAAGUUUCACCUGUUAUUCACUCAAGAGUGAGUUAAAUGAUGGUGGAGGUGCUAUUCUAAAUUAUGGUUCCAUGUGAAGAAGAUAUGAUGGUGCUCAUGAGAAAUGAACAAGAGCAUAGUGAGUCGGAAAUCAGUCGGCCAAAAAAGAAGAAGAAGCAAGAUGGAACAUCUCGUCCAGCAUGUUCUUGGGUGCAUUUUAGCCGUGAAUUUAUUAAGGAGUACACUGCAUCCCAUCCGGAAUCCUCGGGCUUGAAAGUGGCCACAAAAGCUGCAUCGGAUGCCUGGAAAUUGAUGACACCAGAAGAGAAGUCAAAAUACACUAAUCGUGCCCGUGAAGUAUGGGAUAAAUACUUGAGCACUACCCCCGCACGUAUUCCCAAGCCAAGAAGACAAACCAAACUUGUUACUAGAUGCUCUCCUGGUCGAUUAUUGAAUGUGUUGCAACGGCUCACACCUGACCAAAAAGCUGCUGUAAAGAGCAUGGGAUUUGGUAGUAUCCUCAACCUCAGAUGUCGAACUCUGCGACGCAGCCUGUGUCUUUGGUUAUUAGAGAAGUUUAAUACUGUCCGGCGCAGCUUGGAAAUCUGUAGCGAGCGCAUACCUUUAACUCCUCGAGAUGUUGAAUUGGUGAUGGGAUUGGCUUCAAGUGGGAAGGAUGUGGUUAACUCUGGACCUGAUGAGUUGAUUACUGAAUUGCGGAAGAAGUACAAUGCUACAAAUCGUGGGAUUUCUGUCAGACUCCUGGAAGAAAGGUUGGCAGUCCCAGAAGCUGGGGAGGAUUUUAAGAGGUCUUUUCUCCUUUAUGUGUUAGGCACUCUACUAUGCCCCACAGCGAGGCUGGAUGUUAGUCCAUCAUUUCUCCAUUUUUUGACAAACAUGGAGAUUGUACACCAAUAUAACUGGGGGAAGUUUUUACUUGAUCGGCUAGUUAGAGAAGUAGCUCGCUAUCGUCAAGGGAAGCAGCGUGCGGUUGGUGGCUGUCUUCUGUUUCUCCAGCUCUUUUAUUAUGAGAGUGUUGCUGUUGGUGAACCAUCUGAACUAUCCCCUGCUAUAUUUCCAUGCCUAUCUUCUUGGGGUGAAGAAGAAAUUAGUGAGAGAGAGAAGCAAGAGAGAGAACUUGGCGGUUACGGAUGUGGAGAGGUGGUUUGCAAGGAAAGAGGCCUCGGGAUGGGAAUGCUGGGGUAUAGGACCCAAUUAGACAGCAGUCACCUAGGUGUAAUGCCACCAGAUGUUGAAAAUUAUUCUCUACUUGAGCAGGUUGGCUAUCAGGCUGGAGAAGAUCAAGUUAAUGGGGGCAUGAUCACUGCAGAGGAAAAUAUGCCUAUAAAUGGUGAUGAAGGCAACACCGUCUGUGUGGAUAUUGAAAUUGCCGAUCCAGUGAGAGCACCCUGCAGAAAUGCUCAGUAUGGUUGUCCAGAAAUUGUGGACUACAACAAGAGAAGAGAGCACGAAGAAGUCUGCAUGAGUUCACCGUGUGCUUGCCCCCUUCGGAAGUGCCAUUUUGUUGGCUCGUCUGCACAGUUGUCGGAGCAUUUUAGUAGCAAGCACUGGGACUCGGGAAGACGGUUCCAGUAUAACUGCCCUUUACCUGUCACAUUAAACAAGAACGAAGCUUUCCUGGUGCUACAAGCCGAGAAAGAUGGUAUUCUUUUUCUCCUGAAUAAAGGAACCGAGAGUAUUGGGCAUACGGUGAUGAUAACAUGCAUAAGCCCGAGCUCGUCAAAGGAGCAGUAUCUGUAUGAUAUUGUAUCUGAAAGAGGAAAUAGUUGUCUCAGAUUGAAGUCAUACACAAACAAUUUUCCAGGUAGGGUUGAAGGAUCACCCCCUGUUGAUUUUCUCUUGGUUCCUUUUGGUUUUUUAAACGCAACUGGCAAGCUAGACCUAGAGAUGUGUAUAUGGAACUCAACGGAUAUAGGAGCCGAUUGAUCUUCAUUAAUCUAUAAUUCUCUCUCCUUGCAAA